CUCCCCCAACAGCCCGUCUCCACUCUCCGAGACCCCAACCCAAUCCGUAGACGGCGUCGGCGAACAUGGGCCGCCGCCGCCGCCAACCCUCCUCGCCGUCGCCGGCGGCGGAGCAUCCGCUGGAAGACGACGACCUACUGCGCGAGAUCAUCCUCCGCCUACCCCCACAGCCGCCCUACCUCCUGCGCGCCUCCCUCGUCGGCAAGCGCUGGCGACAGAUCGCCACCGACCCCAAGUUCCUCCGCCGCUUCCGCGUCCACCACCGGAAGCCUCCCCUCCUCGGGGACUUCUCGUAUGAGGACGGGAGACUCUCGUUCAGAUCCACCCUGGACCUGCCCUACCGCAUCCCUCCCGACCACUUCUCCCUACAAGUCAACGGCCGCGUGCCAUGGAGGUUGGUCGACUGCCGCCACGGACGCGUGCUCCUCAUCAACAGCGAGAUGCGUCAGGUCAUUGUGUGGGACCCCUUGACUGGCGACCGCUCCCUCCUGUCCCCUCCGCCGGCGUUUGACGACAUGCACACUGCAGCGGUGCUCUGCGCUGCCGGCGAGCAGGGCCACGCGCAUGGUGCCUGCCACUCGAGCCCUUUUAAAGUGGUCGUGGUGGACAUCUGCGAGCACGGCGAUGAAACCGUCGUCUUCGUGAGUGUUUACUCAUCAGAGACUGGCGUAUGGAGUGAUCUCCUCUCAACAACGCUUGCAUCUAUGGGCAUUGCUGUUGGUAAUCGCAGCACACUUGUUGGUAACACCCUUCGCUGGUUGCUUCUGAUGAGUAACAACAUACUUGAGUUUGAUAUGGAUAGACAGACGCUAGCUGUGAUCAAAAGGACACCUGGUGUUCGUGCGGAUGACAGUGCUUGGAUCAUCCAGGCAGACGAUGGCGGUGUUGGCUUCUCUGCUUUGUCGUGCGCCCACUGCCAGUAUGUCUACUGCUACCACCAACCCUGUUUCCGAAUGUGGGAUAGGAAGGACAAUUGCUAUGGUGUUGCCGUAUGGAUGUUGAGGAAAUCCAUUGAACUGCAGAAGCUAAUUGGGUUGGGGUUUAAGAUUGAGAGGAACUGGUCACAUAUAGUGCGUUAGGCUGAGCAUGUUCAUGCAUUAUUUUUAUGGGUGCACUCAUCUCUCUUCAUUGUUCAGCUUGAGUCAAUGCAGCCCAAGGAGCUUUUUAAAAGUGAUCCUAUGUACACCUAUUAUCCUUUCACAAGUUUGAAGUUUCUAUGAUGAAGGUAUCAGCAGUUUGAAGCAGAAGUAGCUUACAUGGAAUGCUGACUCUUGCAGGAGUGACUAUGACCAUCGAUCAUAGUUGUCAACUUGCUCGACGUGUAGAAACUAUCUAAUGCUCUGUUGGAACCCCUUCCAGUUUGAUGCCAAAUUUCGGUUUGAGCCAUAUUCAUGUUGAAAUAUCCUCUCGCGGUGUCAUAGAGCAAGAAAUUUUUGUAUUGUUGCAUCUGGCUGGCCAUGGCCAUGGCUGACGAUAUGCCCUUUGCUGAACCCCAGACGGCUGGUUUGGUCUGGGCAUAUGGGCUCUGUGUAGCGUGGUGGUGAGCCAUGGCAGCAAUCAGCUGAGAUCCUCAGCUUCUACCACCAUGAAUGUGAGUUCUGCAAAGGGACUUGCCGGUGUUUUGUGUACCAGUUAAAUUGUGUCAUUAGCUUUGUUUUGCAAAAACCUAUCAAAAGCCCUGUAAGGGCUUGUUUUUUAUAGACAAUUCCUUCGUAUAAGUAGGGAUUUUAGAGGGCAAUUCAUAUGUUUUUGGAUAACAAUCCCUGUAUUGAAAUUCUAGAGAA